AUCUUUUCAUUUUGUUAGAGGAAGGAAUCUGAAGAAAUUUGCUUCAACUAUCAUAAAUUUCAUGGGCAAGUGCUAUCCAGGAGAGGAUGAUUUGGCUAUUGCCCGGGCAAUUUUGAUGUACUUGUCUCUAGGAAACCUUAGAGAUGCGAACAAGCUCAUGGAAGAAGUGGAAAAGGAAAUGCAGGCGAAGCAUCUUGGAUUUCCUCAGUCAGAAUUAAUGCAGUUUGUCAACUACCUUUUGCUGACGGUGCAGAGAGAUGCUUUACCUCUCUUUAACAUGUUGAGACAGAGCUACAAGUCUAGUAUUGAUAGAGAUCCUCUAUUAAAUGAGUUGCUAGAUGAAAUUGCGAAGAAGUUCUAUGGCGUACAGCGUAAAAAUCCUCUUCAAGGCAUGUUUGGAGAUAUCUUCAAGAUGAUAGGAGGCGAAUAGGACAGGGAAAAGAGUCUUUCUUCAAAUGAUCUCCAUCUAAAAAAUGUCAUGAGAGACAAGUUGGUUCAUUCAACACCACUCCAAGUCUUUCUUCAAAUGAUCUCCAUCUAAAAAAUGUCCAUGGAUUGAUCCGCUGCAGUUAAAUUGAUGUGCUCACCUUAAUUAUUUCAUACUCGAUCUGGCUUUAUAACAUAGUUUGCAGAAUGGGGUCAUGAAUUUUCAUUGAUUGCUCAAAGCUUCCCUUUUUCGGGUGCCAAUUUGUGAUUCCGCAAAUAUUUCUAUUUUAAAAUCCAAUAUUUAGUGUUCGCUGAAAGAGUUUUGAGGGACAUUGUGUUGUCUAAUUGGUUAAAGGCAACAUCUACUAUAAUGUCAUUCAAAAAUGAAACAUCAA